AUGCUAUCUACGAUGUGCGUACCAAUGGAGAACUAAGUGGAUUUGGCUGGGAUGAUGAAAGAAAAUGUGUUACUGCAAGUGCAGACGUGUGGGAUGAUUACUUAAAGAGCCAUCCAGAUUGCACUUUCAUGAGAAACAAACCUUUUCCUUACUAUGAUCAACUAUCAUUUGUUUGGGGCAAAGAUAGAGCCGCUGGACCAAAUUCUGAAGCCGUGCCAGAUAUGGUUGAGGAUAUAGAUAGAGAGCAAAAUGUCAAUCAAGGAAAUGAAGAAUCUGGUGAAGAUGGUGCACCUUCAAUAAGUACAACUCGAGGCGAAGGAACUUCCAAAAAACAUGAGCGGAAAAGAAAGAGAAGUUCUGAUGGUUUGAUAUUAAGUUUGGAGCGCAUGACUAAUGUGUUUAAUGAGCAAAUGGAAAAGUCGAAUGAUCAAAUGGGUAAGAUUAUUGAAAGUUUUAACGCAGGUGACAAAGAGAAAAAAGACAAUCGUCAUAAGCUUAAUCAGAAAUUGGAAGAGAUUGAAGGCUUAUCAGCUUAUGAUAGACAAACAGCUGCAAUGAAACUUGUUCGAGAUCCUGAUUUAUUAGAUUACUUUUUCACUCUUCAUGACGAGGAUGCAAAAGAGAUAUUUCUGAAACAAUUAUUAGGAUGAAUUUAGUUCGCUUUUUUUUGGGCAGUUCUUAACUUUUAUUUCUAGGAUGGACUAUUUAAGAAUUA